AUGUGUGCCCAGGUGAAAGAUUCACCGUAUGUUUGGAUAAAUCCACAUUAUGAAUUAAGGAUUCUUUGUAUCAAUAUGCUCAAAUGGGUUGGAUUAUGGACUCUUAAAUCAAAUACUUCAUCUUUCUUGAAGUGUAUUUAUUUUAUAUACAACAAAAUCGCAGUGAGCGCAAUGAUAAUAUUCGCGGUAACACUUUUCACUGAUAUUUGCAUGAUGCUUGAUGACCUAUCAAUAGUGACAGAUGACGGUUGUGUUUUCGCUGGAAUGUUUGUAGUUCUAUUCAAUGUGAUCAAUUGUCAAUGUACACGUGAUAAAAUUGCUCGACUUAGUGACGAAACAUUAAACUCUUGCGAAGAACUUUGCCAAUUCUCUGAAGUCAAUCUUAUGGAAAAAUUAAGAUAUUAUUUAUGGCGAGAUAAAUUACCAUUCUACAGUUUCUGCUCCCUAGGUUAUCUUUUGGUAAUCGCUUUGAUAUUUUUUGCAUCAACGGAAGAUGGUAGCUUACCGAUACGGGCACGUUAUCCUUUUGACAUCAGGACAUCACCAGGACACGAAAUUGGCUUCGUUAUUGAAGCUUUUAGCAUAUUUUUUGGUGUAACUGCAAUUUUAGCAAUUGACACCAUUAUCGUAUCUAUUUGUAAUUUGAUUCUCUUGCAAUUAGAGAUAUUAAGUAUGAAUUUUCAGCAUUGUUCAACAGUAGAGAUCGGAUCUAUCAUUGAUAAAGAUAAUGAUAAUAUUAACAAAAAGAAGAAAUCGAUAAUAAUGAAUAAAAGACAACAACCUGACCAAUUCGAAAAAUUCUUUAAACAAUGUAUUCAACAUCAUCAACGAUUGUUAAACAUGAUCAAUGACUUGAAUGAUCUAUUUAGUUCUAGCAUGUUAGUUCAAAUGUUUUCAAGUACAUCGAUGAUAUGUCUAACUGGAUUUCAAGCAAUUGUGGUUGCUGGACAAGACUCGAAUUUUUGGAAGUAUUCAAUUUAUUUAGGUGCUGCAAUUAGUCAGCUUUUGUAUAUAUGUUGGAUAGGAAAUGAGGUUAUAACUCACAGCUCAUCGUUAGUCGAUGCACAAUGGCUUUCUCAAUGGCAUAAUCAACCACUCGAUCGAACUGCGAAUUUAUUAAUAAUCUCUUCUAUGUUUUCGCAAAAACCAUUGAAAUUGAAAGCCGGCAAAUUUUAUAUUUUAUCUUUGGAAACAUUCAUCAAUAUAAUGAAAGGGUCAUAUUCUUUCUUUGCUCUACUGAAUACUAUGCAUUUGGAAGACCAUGAAUGACGUUACCAAUUAUUGGAUUCUAUUUACAACAUGAUGAACGACGAUUAAUUAUAGUUGAACAACGUAUUUUAAAUAAACAUGUAUAUAAAUGUAGUUUAGUUUAAAAUUAAAAUUUAUAUAUGCGAUUGUUCUAGGAAACAUUUCGUUAAAACUUUUAUUAAAAAUGAAAUGAAGCUGUAUUCGAUAUAUAUGUAGACAAAUAUUAACCCUUUGCAUUGGAGAAGUUGCUCUCCGUACGAAAUAGAAUUACUUGUUUAUGUGAAUUUUGUUCAUUGUUUUUGUUCCUCCUUGUACACUCGUGAAGUGAGUCCUAUAUAUUAUGAAACGAAAUAUAUUACGAUCAUGCAUCUAUAUCGUAAUUUGAAUCUUAUCCUAAAUAUACAUAGAGUGCGGGCGAGAGGGAAAGAAUUUUUCAUGUCGGUCACGCGAUUUCUCCCGGUACGGUGCAGCGGUCGAGAUCUUCGGCGAUCUUAUAGCAACGACGUGAAUCUACUUGAGAAACAAUGUGACAUGAUCCAUUAAUCUUUUACGAUAAAAACAAGCAAGCCAGCUAGAGAAGCUAUCGCGGUCAAUUAAAUCUUCUACAUACCCUCGCGUGUUUCGAUCUCAAUGUAAAGGAAAUUCCAUUAAAUAUCAUUGAAGAACAUUCUUUCUUGUAUAACGUUCUACAUAUGUAUAUACACGUGUAUAUAUGUAUAGUUUGAAAUGCCUUGAAUUUUUAAUUGACUCGAAUUCUGAAGAUAUCUUUACUUAAAGCUUAUGUUCCAAAUGUAUAUGAUCUUAUCUAGAUCACAGGUAGAACUUCUUUCGAUUUAUAAGUAUACCUAUUAAGUAUAGCUAGUUUGCUCUUAGGUGUUUUAUUAAGAAUGAUUAUUAUCUACUUUAACACUGCAAGCAUCUAUGAUCGUCUGUUAACUUCUUUAUGAUUCUACUAUUCCAGUUAUAAUACUAAGAAUCAAUGAUCAUCUAACAAACU